AUGGUUCUGACGAAGGAAGGAGCAAUACAACGCGGUGAUAUAUCACUUACGAAGGUGUCGCAGGUUCUGAAAAUGCUCCUGAUGGGUACCAGUGCAUCAGUGGUAGUGUCUUUUCUGGUUUUUCCGGUCUCUGCACGGAAGAAGCUUCGCUCGAAUGUGGUCGCUCUGACUAGGUCAAUGGCGAUUAUGCAAUCCAUGAUCACGGAGAGUUUUGUCAGUAGGAAUGAACGAGAUCUGCAGGGACACAAAUUUAUUGGCGCUUCUGCGCGUCAGAGGAAAGCAAAUAGCCAACUGAGCAAGCUCCUUCAAGAGACAAGGCUUGAGCACUAUGUCGCAGGUACGGAAGGGGAGUAUCUCUUUGAGGAAAAGCUUGUUCGCUGGGCUCAGGGCAUCACUCAUGAUCUAGCGGCUCUGCACAUGUCGGCUCAUCUGGCGUUCGAGAUGCUCCGAGAACCGGACUAUUUCCACAGCCGCACUGAUGCUCGAGAAAACAGUGCAGAUAGUGCGACCGCAGAGGAUACGGCAGGUGACGAACAGAUCGCCUCUUCCAGCUUCCUUGCCACGGAAAUAUUCGACAAUUUCAUCCGGCAAAUUGGUCCAUCCAUGCGGUCUCUUGUCGAUACCUUGACAGAUGUUUUCAACGAAGUGGCCUUCAGGCUAGCACCUGAGUACGAAUCCUCCGUGAAUCCCAGGUUGCCCGUGGUUCUCAGCCAGUCCGUUGACGAAUAUCGCGAAGCUCAAGCGGAAGCUUUCGCAUUACUUCACCAAAACAUCAGAAAGCGGAAUCUCACAGUGCAAGAACAAGAGUGCUUCCAAGGGGUUUAUGCUAGCUGUGCGCAUUAUAGUUUCUCACUUUUACAAUUUAGUGAACAGUCGAAACAGCUACUGGUUAUUCUGGAAGAAUUCCAAACCGAAAUACAUAGGCAACCCAGGAGAAAGUCAUGGAACUGGGUACGGCGUUGGCUAUGGGGGCGUGGCAGACGAUCCAACGGAGAUAAUGCCACUAAUUGUGAGGAUCAUAUGCCCAGGGCCUUGUACAUGUCGAUUAACGGACCGGAAUCAGACCCCUCAAGAAAUUCUCCCAUCGAAACAAACAUCACGCGUCCAAUGGAAAUGAUGGAGCUUUCCAGUUUGGAAAACGAAUCCAGGAUACAACGUAUGAGAGAUUCAGCUAGCUAUCGCCUGUGGAAAGUGGCCAGUUUCUUUGGUAAGGACGAGACCAAAUUUGCGAUUAAAGUUGGAAUGGGUGCCGCACUCUAUGCCUCGCCCUCAUUCCUAUCCCUUACACGGCCCUUCUACCUUUACUGGAAAGGAGAAUGGGGUCUUGUUUCAUACAUGUUGGUGUGCUCCAUGACGAUUGGCGCCUCGAAUACUAUUGGAUUCGCUCGAUUUCUAGGAACAUGUGUCGGAGCUCUGUUUUCGAUCGGCGUCUGGUACGUUGCGGGCGCCAAUGCAUCUGCGCUUGCAUUUCUCGGAUUCCUAAUGGCAAAUUGGACUUUUUAUAUGAGUCUUCUGAAAGGCCAAGGACCGUUGGGUCGAUUCAUCAUGCUUACUUACAACCUCUCCGUGCUAUAUGCCUAUUCGCUAUCCCAGAGAACGACCGAUGAUGAUGUAGACGAGGGAACCAGUCAGAAUCCCGACAUUACCAAGAUCACUCUCCAUCGGGUCGGCGCGGUUUUAUCCGGCUGUAUUUGGGGUAUCAUCAUCACGCGUGGUAUUUGGCCGAUUAGCGCUCGAAAGAAGCUAGAAGCUACUUUAAGGCUUGUCUGGCUUCGACUGGGUCGGAUAUUGCAAUCUGAUCCGUUGGAUAAACGAAUAACUAACCCCGGUGUUCCUAUGCUGUAUAUGACUGCGCAGGAACGGCUAGAGAUGGAGCGUCUUUUGUCGGAGCUGGAAGCUCUACGGGCUUCUGCUCGCUACGAAUUUGAACUGAAACGUCCCUUUCCUGACGCUGCGUAUUGCAAUAUCAUACAACAUACUCAGGCUAUCGUAGACAUUCUCCAUGCUUUGGACCUGCAACUGCUGAGUGUCACUCCUGUUUCUGAACAGGAAAUAUCCAUCCUGAGAUAUACAAUGACAGACCGGCAGACGCUGUCUGGUCACAUCACUCAUCUCCUAGAGAAGAUGGCAUCAUCAAUCAAAUCGGACUACCCGCCGAUAGAUGUCGAUAUUUCAAGCAUGACCCAUGCAAGGGGCCAACUUCGGGCGCACAUUUUCCUCUACCGGAAAGAACAGGAAAAGUCUCAGCCGACCAUUCAGGAGGCCUAUCGAUUGCUCUAUGCUUAUGAGCUUGUGACAAGCCAAGUAUCCAACAGAAUUGCUCAGAUAGUAACCGAGAUCAGCCAGAUAUCCUUUUACAGGGACGAAGAUGUAGUUUCAUAA